AGUUUGGAAGGUUAUGGAUUAAAGCUUCGGGGUGUGGCAUCAUAUUGUGUUUUAUAAAAUAAAUAAAAUAUUGUAUACUUUUAUGAUGACGGAUAAAUUUAUUUUUUAAACGUGACGAAUGUGAAGUAUCUGUUUUCAACGUGCUUUAAACAGAAAUUUAUAUUAUUUGAACGGGAAUAUAUAAAUUUAAAAAUGUUUAUAAUAUUUUCCAAUUAAUUUGCAUAUUGAUGUGUAUUUAUAUAUAAUAUUGACACAAGGUAGUUGAUUGUUACUUGGUAGAAUACGGUCCAUGAAAUCACGUGUAUUAAAGUCUACGUGGGAUGUUGGGCGCUAUCACCCCCACGAACCCCCACGAGUAUACCGAAAUGUCUCGGCUAGCCGACUACUUUGUUGUGGUCGGCUACGACCACGAAAAAGAGAGAGGUGGUAUAAGUAAUGGAAUUAUUUUACAAAGAUUUCCAGAAAAAGAUUGGCCAGAUACACCAUUUAUAGAAGGCAUAGAAUGGUUUUGUCAACCACAAGGAUGGGCCUUAUCUACAGAAAGACAAGAACCACGAUUUUUUGUAUCUAUUUUAACUGACAUUGAUGCAAAUCGUCAUUAUUGUGCUUGUAUGUGUUUCAAUGAAACAAUAUCUAUUUUGCCAAGUAAACCUGUAGAUGAAGAAGAAGAUCCUGUAGAUGGUGAUAGUCGUUCUUUGGUUAGAACAAUACCUACAAUUGCACAUCACAGCAUUAUGUAUGCACCUAAAUGUCUGGUGCUGGUUUCCAGACUUGAUUAUAUUGAAACUUUCAGAAAUUGCCUUGGUAUUAUAUACACUGUUUAUGUAGAAAAUCUUGGAAUACCAUUAGAAACUCUAGUAGGAAACAUAUUAGGUUGUAUACAAGUACCACCUGCUGGUGGACCACAAGUAAGAUUUAGUAUUGGUGCAGGUGACCGUCAAGCACUUCAACCUCCAAUUAGUCCUUCUCUUCCAAUAACACACAGUAGCGUUAAUCUUUUAUUUCAACAACUAGGAAUCCGUAAUGUAUUAGUAUUAUUUUGUGCUGUUAUGACAGAACAUAAAAUACUUUUUCAUUCUGCAAGUUAUUCACGAUUGACUGAAGGAUGUCGUGCUCUUACUGCAUUAAUGUAUCCAUUUAGAUACACACAUGUUUACAUUCCUCUUUUACCAGCAGCUUUAGUUGAAGUACUCAGUACACCUACUCCAUUUAUUAUGGGUGUACAUAGUUCACUAAAACAUGAAGUUACAGAACUUAUGGAUGUAAUAGUUGCUGAUUUAGAUGGAGGUUCUAUUAUGGUUCCAGAUGGAGUUUCACUUUCAUUACUUCCAGAACCACUUCUCUCACAAACACAAGAUGCAUUAUCUUUAGUAUUACAACCAGAAUUAAGUUGUGCAGAUUAUGCUUUUCCACCACUUGCAACAAGAGCUCCUCAUUCUCCUAUGUUGGAUAAAGAAUUACGAGCAGUUUUUAUGAGAACAUUCGCACAGUUAUUACAAGGAUAUAGAAGUUGUUUAACAUUAAUAAGAAUUCAUCCAAAGCCAGUCAUAACAUUUCAUAAGGCAGCUUUCUUAGGAGAACGCGGCUUGACCGAUUGUGAUUUUACAACUAGAGUUUUGGAUUGCAUGUUUUUUACUUCCUUUAUUGCAGAAAGGGGACCACCAUGGAGGCCUUGUGAUGUAUGGGAUGAAUUAUAUAAUAAUUUAAGCGAUCAAUUAAAGCAAGAAGCACAAGAUCAUAGGCUUAUUUUAACACAUAUUCAAGAAUUAGCACAACAAUUAUAUACAAAUGAAAAUCCAAAUCCUCAACCAUAUGUACAAAAAAUUUUAAAGCCACCUGAAGGAGCAUUUGCUAGAAUACAUCAGCCGCUUUUACCACGCAUUAAUCCAGAACAAGUUCAAGCAAUUAUAGAUGAAGGUCUUACAAAAAAUAAUCUUAAAGUUAGAUUAUCAUCAUUAAGACCAUCACAACCUCGUAUUGUACCUAUGGGUCCACAUAUUUCAUUUGUUCAUGAUACUAGACAUUUGGUUAGCAAUUCUGCACGUAGAUUGGAAGUUCUGCGUAAUUGUAUAAAUUGUAUAUUUGAGAAUAAAAUAUCUGAUGCUCGUAAGACAUUUCCAGCUGUUUUAAGAGCUUUGAAAAGCAAAGCUGCUCGUUUAGCACUUUGCAUGGAAUUAUCACAGCAUGUUGUGGGAAAUAAAGCCAUGUUAGAACAUCAACAAUUUGAUCUUGUAGUUCGAUUAAUGAAUUGUGCAUUACAAGAUGAUUCAUCUAUGGAUGAGCAUGGAGUUGCUGCUGCACUUCUUCCUCUUGCUACAGCAUUUUGUAGAAAACUUUGCACAGGAGUAAUUCAAUUUGCAUAUACCUGUAUUCAAGAACAUCCUGUAUGGCAAAAUCAACAAUUUUGGGAAGAUGCUUUUUAUUUAGAUGUUCAAAAAGAUAUUAAACGUUUAUAUCUUCCUGGUGAAAAUUCUCCACCACGACUUAUAAACGAUGGUAUCUUAAGUCCUAUUAGUCCACGGGAUGGCAAAGAAUUUCCAUUUCGUGAUCGAUAUUCAAUUUAUCAAAUUCAAGAGCCAUCAGCUCUUGAAAUAGCUGCUGAACAAAUGAGGAUUUGGCCAACAAUCGAUUCAGAAAAACAAAAAGAACUUAUUGCAAGUGAAGAAAGCACUAUGUAUAGUCAAGCAAUUCAUUAUGCAAAUAGAAUGGUUUAUCUAUUAGUACCAUUAGAUAUAGGAGCAAAAACUCAUCGUCAAGAUAAUAUUUAUGAUGAUGAAAGAGCAAGUAAUAGUAUUACAAAUAGCGUAGCAAGUGAUAGUGGUGAUGCAGAAUCUGGUUUUGAAGAAACUGAUCCUGGAGAAACUGGUAGUGCUGUUAUUCGAAUGGUUUCACGAUUUGUAGAUCGUGUUUGUACUGAAGGAGGUGUAAGUGCAGAACAUGUAAGAUGCUUACAUCAAAUGGUUCCUGGUGUUGUUCAUAUGCAUAUUGAAACUCUUGAAGCUAUACAUAGAGAAAGCAAAAGAUUACCUCCAAUACAAAAGCCUAAAAUUUUGACACCUAAUAUGUUACCUGGUGAAGAAGUUAUUAUGGAUGGCUUACGCGUUUAUCUUUUGCCAGAUGGUAGAGAAGAAAGUUUUACUUCAGGAUUACCAAAGAUACCACCACUCUUGCCAGCAGAAGGAGCAAUUUUCCUUACUAACUAUAGAAUUGUAUUUAAAGGAAUACCUUGUGAUCCAUUUGCUUGUGAACAAUUAGUAGUUCGUGCUUUUCCUGUAACAUCUUUAACUAAAGAAAAACGAGUUGCUGUACAACAUUUAGCACAUCUAGAUCAAUGUUUACAAGAAGGUCUUCAAUUACGAUCAUGUACUUUUCAAUUGAUAAAAUUAGCUUUUGAUGAAGAAGUUACACCUGAGAAUAUUGAAACUUUACGAAAAUUAGUUCAUAAAGCUCGAUAUCCACCUCAUAUUUUUCAUCAUUUUGCUUUCAAUGGUCAAAUAUUAGUUACUCAAACUGCACAUCAUAAAGGGAAAGAAAAAAAUGCUACUCUUAAAGGAUUUGCUAAAAAAACACUUUUAAAGACUGCGCGUAAAGCAGGUUUUAAACCAAAACAAUCGUCAAAAAGACAAAAAUAUGUCUUACCAAAUAUGAACAUGAUCAGUAAUAAUAAGUAUAUGACAUCACCUGGUCGAAUGAGUUUACCAGUAACAGAUAAUAAUGAUUUAAGUCAUGAUGAUGAUCUUAGUGUAGAUGAUUUUGAAAUUCCUGGUAUUGUAACUCAACCACCAACUGAUGCUAAAACUUUAGAACGAUUAUCAGAACGUAGUUACGUUAGAGAUUGGUCUCGAUUAGGAUUAUAUUCAAAUGGGCCACACAAUAAUCGUAGAAAUGAACCUUUUCGAUUAUCUUCUGUGAAUUGUGCCUAUAUGAUUUGCAGAAGUUAUCCUGCACUUCUUAUAGUUCCUUCAUCAGUAUCAGAUGAAAGUAUUCGUAGAUUUUGUCGAUUAUAUAGACAUAAUAGAAUACCUGUUGUUACAUGGAGGCAUCCAAGAACAAAAGCACUCUUAAUUAGAGGUGCUGGUUAUUAUGGAAAAAGUGUCAUGGGCAUGUUGAAAGCUCAUCCAGCAUCUGCUGGUAACUUAAAAGCAACAUCUUCAGAAACUACAUCAUCUUUAGAGCAAGAAAAAUAUAUUAUGGCUCUUGUAGCUGCUACUCCUUUAUCUGCAUUAAGACAAGGUUCUGCUUGGGGAAUGUCUGAUAGUUCUCUUAGUAUUGAUUCUUUAUUGUUAGCUGCUGAGGAUCGUAAUGCUACACCCGAACAAUCACGACGAAAUCCAUUUAAUAAAGCUAUAGGGACAUUAAGUUCUUCAGGAGGCAAGGGACCUAAGAAUUUUGGUCGUUGGGGUUCAUUAAAAGAUAAAAGACAUAAUUCCCAAGCUUCUUUAACAUCAGUUCAUCAACGUGGAACUGUUAGACAUUCAGCUGAUUCGGACAGCGGCACAGAAUGCGUGCAUACUUUUCAACGUGCUGCAUUAUAUAUUCUAGGUGAAAAAGCUCAUAUGAAGGGUGUUAAGGCGGAAUCAGCACCAAAAACAGACUUUAUUCCAGUGGAAUAUUAUGAUGUAAGACAUACCAAAGCUGCAUUUAAAAAACUUAUGCGAGCAUGUGUUCCUAGCUCUCCAAAUAUAGAGCCUGACCAAAGUUUUUAUAAAUUAAUUGAAAGUUCAGAAUGGUUACAACAACUUCAAAAUUUAAUGCAAUUAGCCGGUGCUGUAAUAGAUUUAAUGGAUGUUCAAGGUUCAUCAGUAGCUGUUUGCUUAGAAGAAGGUUGGGAUACUACAGCAACAGUAUGUUCUGUUGCUCAAGUAUGUCUUGAUCCACAUUAUAGAACAAUUGAGGGUUUUCGAACUUUGAUCGAGAAAGAAUGGCUUGGAUUUGGGCACAGAUUUGGGCACAGAAGUAAUCUUGCAGCAAAUUCUCAAACGACAAAUUUUACUCCUACCUUUCUUCAAUUUCUCGAUAUAGUACAUCAAAUUCAAAAGCAGUUUCCAUUAGCAUUUGAAUUCAACGAAUAUUAUUUAAAAUUCUUAGCAUACCAUUCAGUUUCUUGUCGUUUUCGUACGUUUUUAUUGGAUUGCGAAUUUGAUAGAGUGGAAUGCGGCAUUACUGCUGUUGAAGAUAAGAGAGGAUCAUUAACAAGUCAUCAUAAAGGUGUAGAUACAGGUAGUGAUGAUGAAACAAUUUAUCCUGGAGGUAGAUUAGCAGGAACAAACACAGGGUGUAAUCUUGGUCAAAGUAUAUUUGAUUACAUCGAAAAACAACAUGCACGGUGUCCCUUAUUUUAUAAUUUCAUGUAUACUCCUAACACAGAAAAUAUGGUAUUAAGACCUGUUUCACAUUUGCCAAAUCUUGAUAUGUGGCAAUAUUAUUUAGAAGAAGAAUUAGCUCAUGGACCUGCAUAUGAUUUAGAAGUAUUACAACAAGAUUCUCAACAAGAAGAAGAAGCAGAAGCUGCUGAUGGUGUAGUUAAAAGUAAUCGUAAAGUAGUUACACAAGGAUAUGACGGUAUAAGUUCAAUGGUACCCGAUCAAUUUUCUCAUCUUUUAGAGGAAAUUCAUAGAUUAGAAACUGAAUUAGGCCAUUUACCACAGAAAUGGAAAGUUCUUUGGGACAAACUUGAACUGCCAAAUACGGAUUCACUUGCUAGACAUGCAUCAUUUAGCACUGCAUUAGUUAGAUAUCAUGGUCGAUUAAUUCAUAAACGUUCCACAUUAGAAUUACUUUUAAGAGGUAAACUUGCUAGUGGAAGUUCUUCUGGAAAUGAUGGUUCCGUUUAUGCACAUCCUCAUAGAUUUGAAAGAUUAGAUUCAGCAACUCCAACUCAUUGUGAUGCUUGUUCUGGUGUGUUAUGGGGACCUGUAAAAGCUGGUUUACGAUGUGUGGAUUGUGGUCAUGUGUGUCAUGAUAAGUGUGCUGAUGCAGUACCAAAAAAUUGUACAAAAUACAAGACAGUAACUGACAAUUUACAAACACAUACACUUACGCGAAGCGGUGGGGACAAUGGAAGCGUAAAUUCGAGUGUUACUACAAUACAAACCUCUUCACAACAAUAUUAUGAACAAUUCUCUAGUAAUGUUGCUGAAAAUAGAACUCAUGAAGGCUACCUUUAUAAACGAGGUGCUUUGCUUAAAGGUUGGAAACAGAGGUGGUUCGUAUUGGAUUCUAUCAAACAUCAAUUAAGAUAUUAUGAUGCCAUGGAAGAUUCUCAUUGUAAAGGAUAUAUAGAUUUAGCUGAAGUAGUAUCUGUGACUCCAGCUCAGCCAAUGCCAGGACCACCAAAGAAAACGGAUGAUAAAUCAUUCUUUGAUCUUCGUACAAACAGACGAACGUAUAACUUUUGUGCUGGUGAUGCAACAACUGCACAAGAAUGGAUUGAAAAAGUCCAAGCGUGCUUACAAUAGCUUGAUUAUAACUCUAAUUUAAAUUGUGCAAGUGACUGAUAGAUUAAAACAGAUUUUAAUUUUGUUACAUAAUAUUGUAUAGUCUAAUAGUACAUAUUAUAGACUGCAGUAAUUUGCUUUAAAUAUUUUAAAACCAACAAUUGUUGGAUUGAACAGUAUCAUAAAUUGAAUGUGAUGUAUUCAUAUCCUUGACAUAGCAUUAUUAUAUAAAUGUAUAUUGUAACUAUAUAUAAUUACGUUAAGUUUUAAUUAUUUCAGCUGGAAGAUAAAAGAUCAUAACAUACUCAAUUAAAUGUUAAA